GCCAAUGCCAUACAGCACCCCUCGCUCCCACGCCGCAACUCCAACCACAACAACAACAACAAGACGCUACAAGGUCUCCGAGAAGACCCAGACAGAGUAUUCGUGCAUGUCUGCACCGCCAAAGUUUCCCGACAACUGCCGUAUCCAUUUGGAAAUGAGAUAACCACGCCUUGACGUCAAACAGCCUUCACGUCCCUCCAGCAAGCCUUUCAAGUCCGCAGGGGAUUUUCGCCGCCAAUAUGUCGAAAGCGGCUAACAAACGCAACAAGUUCGCCGAGCUCCGGGCUCUACGUGCCUCGGGAAAGAAGGCGUUUGACUCGUACGAGGUCGCGCAAGAGAACGCCCUGUAUGAAGAAGUUGACGAGAAUGAAUACAAGAAGAUUGUCCGUGAUCGGCUAAACCAGGACGACUUCGUCGUGGAUGACAAUGGCGAGGGCUAUGCCGAUGAUGGGCGAGAGGAAUGGGACAGGGUGCAUACUUACGGCACCGAUUCGGAGGAAGAGGAGGACCAUUUACCUACUGGCAAAACCCGCAAAUCAGAUAAACGCCAACGAGAAGCCGACAAAGCAAAGCGAGAUGCCGAUGAUCGCGAUAUUAGUGCAUACUUCACAAAAGGGCAAAACACAGCACAAACCAAGCCCAAGGCCAUCAAGACUGAAGACGACGAGCGCUUCCUGGCAGACCUGCUGGGUGAGGUCGACGCAAACGUCCCCUCCGCUGCCGCUCGUACUUCGAAACGUCAAAGAUCCCCUGAACGCCAGCGGGCGAGAGUGCGCUCACCCAUACGCGAGACACGCCUUCCACUCAACAAGAAAGCGCGUUUGAGCGAAGAACCAUCGCCGCCAAGGCCACAACCAGCCGUCAACAAUGACGGCGACGAUUUUACUCGAUUGACUGAUCCCCAGUCCCCGGGCCUGGAUAUCGUUAUGAGUGAUCCCGCUCCGCUCCCAUCAUCUCCAGUGACGAAAGCCGUCGCUCGCAAGACUCAGAUAAAAGCCGAGCCCAAGGAUGACGAAGAAGAUGAAGAAAUGCUGGAAGUUGCGCACAUGGGUGCGAUCAAGACGACCAGCGUCAACCUCUCCGCAUCUCGGCCCAUCAAGAAGAUUCUCAAGGCAGAACCAUACCCCACGCCCGCCAGCAGCUCACCGGCAAAGUUGGUAGACACCGAGACAGUGGAUGCAUCUUCUUGGAAUGAGCUCACCAGCAAGUUAUCGGUGGCGAGCAGCUCCCCUGCCCAGACCAGAAGUGUUGGGAAGAUUGAUUACAAGGAUGCCGUUGAGGAAGAUGGCAGUCUGUCCAUGUUUUGGACAGAUUAUGUGGAAGUCAACGGCUCACUAUGCCUGUUCGGCAAAGUUCUCAACAAGAAGUCAAACACCUACGUCAGUUGUUGUGUCAAGGUUGACAACAUCCUGCGGAAAUUGUACUUUCUGCCACGCAGAAGCCGCGUUGUCAACGGCCAUGAGACCAGCGAUGAGAUUGGCAUGAGCGAAGUCUACCAAGAAGUCGAUGAAAUCAUGACAAGCAUGAAGGUCAAGAUGCACAAGAUCAAAGCGUGCUCCAGACGAUACGCCUUCGAACUUGCCGACAUUCCAAAGCAAGCACAGUACCUCAAACUUCUAUAUCCGUACACCGCCCAGCCACUAUCGGCGGAGAUCAAGGGCGAGACGUUCUCGCAUGUAUUUGGCACCAACACAUCCUUGUUCGAACAGUUCGUUCUUUGGAAGAACGUCAUGGGGCCUUGCUGGCUCAAAAUCCAAGAUGCGGAUUUCGGCAGCUUCAAGAACGCCUCCCACGCCAAAUUAGAGGUGCUUUGUGACCAUCCCAACAUGAUCUCGGUAAUGAGCGAGUCGGACAACUUGGAUACCCCUCCCUUGACCAUCAUGAGUCUAGCGAUGCGGACUUCAUUCAACGCCAAGGACAACAAACAAGAGAUUCUCGCGAUCAGUGCUCGAAUUUACGAGAACGUUCUUUUGUCGGACACGACUCCAGCAGACAAACUUCCUUCUCGUACAUUUACGCUGAUGAAGCCCAAUGGCACACAAUUUCCGUUAGGGUUUGAGAAACUCGCCACGACCAGGAACAAGGGUUUAAUCAAGCUCAUGAAGCAGGAAUCCGAGAUUCUGUCCUUCUUCCUGGCUCAAGUGGAUGUGGUCGACCCGGACGUCAUCCUGGGCCAUCAGCUAGAAGGCGUCGACUACAGUAUCCUGCUCAACCGGCUAUACGAGAGGAAGACCCCGCAGUGGUCCCGGUUGGGUCGUCUUCGAAGAUCUGCAUGGCCUUCAUCCCUAGGCAAAACUGGCGGCAACGUUUUUGCUGAGCGUCAAGUCAUGGCCGGUCGAUUGCUUUGCGACCUAGCCAAUGACGCCGGAAAGUCAGUCAUGUUCAAGUGCCAGUCUUGGAGCUUGACCGAAAUGUGCAGCCUGUACUUGGGUGAAAAUAAUCGUCGACGGGACGUGGAUAAUGAUGUGGCACUUAAGACAUGGGCCACCGAGAAGGGUGGGCUGAUGGACUACAUCACUCACAUGGAAGCGGACACAUACUUCAUUGCGGCUCUCGCAUUGAGCACGCAGAUUCUCCCGCUCACAAAAGUCUUGACGAAUCUCGCCGGCAAUUCUUGGGCACGCACGCUGACGGGCACACGUGCAGAACGCAACGAGUACAUUCUGCUGCAUGAAUUCCACCGGAAUAAGUAUAUCUGUCCCGACAAGCAGCCUUUCAAGGGCCGCCUGAAGUUGGAGGAGGAGAACAACGAUGAAGAAGCGACUUCCGCGAAGAAGAAGGAUAAGUACAAGGGUGGUCUCGUCUUCGAGCCUGAGAAAGGUCUUUAUGACAAAUUUGUACUUGUCAUGGACUUCAAUUCCCUGUAUCCAUCCAUCAUUCAAGAGUACAAUAUUUGCUUCACGACCGUGGAGCGGUCUAAUCUGGCGGACGACGAGGACACUGUGCCUGAAGUUCCUCAAGAACAGGGCCAAGGCAUAUUGCCGAAGCUGAUUGCAACUCUAGUCAGUCGUCGAAGACAGGUCAAGUCAUUAAUGAAGGAUAAGAGCGCAACCCCAGAACAGCUCGCCACUUGGGAUAUCAAGCAACUUGCUCUUAAGCUGACGGCCAACUCCAUGUAUGGUUGUCUCGGAUACACCAAGUCUCGCUUCUACGCCCGCCCUCUUGCCGUGCUCACCACCUACAAAGGCCGUGAGAUUCUACGCAGCACGAAAGAGCUUGCUGAGUCAAGGUCAUUGCAAGUCAUCUACGGUGACACCGAUUCGGUCAUGAUCAAUGCGAAUGUUGAGUCAGUCGCCGACGCCCUCAAAGUCGGCACGGAGUUCAAGAAGGCCGUCAAUGAACGCUACCGCUUACUUGAAAUCGACAUCGAUAAUGUUUUCCGGAGGAUCCUGCUCCAAGCCAAGAAGAAAUAUGCGGCUAUCAACCUCGUAGAGGUGCCUGGAGGCAAGUUCAUCGAGAAAAUGGAGGUCAAGGGUCUCGACAUGAAGCGGAGAGAGUACUGCGCUUUGUCGAAAGAUAUCUCUUCUCGCAUCCUGAACGAGAUUUUGUCAGGCGAUGAGACCGAGUUGUCCGUGCAGCGAAUCCACGAAUACUUGCGCGAAAUCUCGGGCAAGAUGCGCGAAAACGCCGUGCCAAUCCAGAAGUACAUCAUUUACACCCAACUCGGAAAGUCGCCCAAGGAAUACCCCAAUGCGGAUUCCAUGCCGCAAGUGCAAGUUGCGCUCAGAGACAUUGCACGAGGCAAGAAUGUACGCAAGGGGGAUGUCAUUUCCUACGUUGUGACUGGCGACAGCAAGGAGACGUCGCAGCCUGUUGCGAAGAGGGCGUACACGCCUCAAGAUGUCAUGAAAACGGAUUCGGAGCUCAAGGUCGACGUUGAGUGGUACCUCGGCAAGCAAAUCUUCCCUCCCGUGGAACGUCUGUGCGCCAACAUAACUGGCACAUCCACGUCCCAGCUCGCGGAACAACUUGGUCUUGAUAUACGUCGGUACGCAAGCAACCCUUCGUCUGGUCAAAAUGGAAACCAGGACUUCAAGGUUCAUCCUCUAGAGUCUCAGGUUCCAGAUGAAGUACGUUUCGCUGAGUGUGCACGACUCUCUUUGCGGUGCCGCAAGUGCAAGACUUCGGCGCCUUUUGAGGGUAUCUUGUCCUCCGGUCAGCGCACAACCGCACAAGGCAUCACCUGCGGAGCAUGCUCUGCUCUCAUUCCAAACCUGAGCAUCGUCGCCCAGGUCGACCAUGCCAUCAGAAUACAGUCCGCCCGCUAUUACGAGGGCUGGUUGUGCUGUGAUGAACCGCAAUGUGGCGCUCGCACUCGCCAGAUGAGUGUGUACGGCACAAAGUGCCUUGGUCCACAAGGCCGUGCUGCUGGCUGCCUCGGGCGUAUGCGAUAUGAAGUUGGCGAGCGAGAAGCUUACAAUCAACUACUGUACUUUGCGUCCAUCUUCGAUGUCGAGAAGGCCAAGCUCAAAGCCUCCUCUGGAGCAACGGGCCUGGGAGGCGAUGGCAAUGCGGGGGCCCUGAGUGCUGCACAGCGUGAGCAAGUCCUGGCACUCGUCGAGCACAACCGCGUACGCUUUGGCACCGUGAAGGGUGUGGUCGAUAAGUAUUUGGACAAAUGCGGUCGCCAAUGGGUGCAGAUGGACAAUUUGUUUGGAAAGCUGGGGUUCACGGCAGUAUGAACAAGGAAAUUCUGGGCUUCGACUAUAGCGAAGUGGCGUUUGGUGGUUGCUUUUGAUACGGUUCACAUGCUUAUUGAGGUUCUGACUGCAACCGCUAUUCUAGGCUAUGAAUGUUGUGAAGAUGAAUAUGAACAUGAUAGCAAGCCGCCAUGGCUAUUCGCACGCAAAAGUUAAUCAUGGGGAUGGAUAUGAAACCGGCGUGACAGCGUGACAGCAAUCCAA